AUGUCGAACCCUAACCAUACCAAUAGGAUGCAGUUGGGAAAGAUGAAUGUUAUAAAAUGUAAGGAUGUCCAGAAGACGGAACUGAAAAAAGAGGAAUUAAAAAAGAUCCCGGUGUGGGUUAAAAUGCAUGAUGUCCCGUUAGCAGCGUACACUGAAGACGGUUUGAGUUUGAUUGCCUCAAAGAUUGGGGUCCCGAAAGUGCUUGACAAUGAAACAGCUAAAAUGUGCACUGAGUCAUGGGGUAGGAGUGGAUUUGCUAGAGCGAUCAUAGAGCUUGAUGCGGAGAAGGAAACUAAGGAUAAUAUUAUGAUUGCUAUUCCGAAUGUAGAGGAUGGGGGGAUUCUAAAGAGUAACAUAAGGGUUGAAUACGAAUGGAAACCACCUAGGUGCAACACUUGUAAGGUUUUUGGUCACACAGUUGAGGAUUGCCCGAAGGUAAGUGUCGACAGGGUUGAUACGGGAAACAAAGGGAAGAAUAAAGUGGAUGAUCAAGGGUUUCAAUAUGGUAAUAACAGGAAAAAAGUGUCAAAGCAACAGUAUCAUGUUAAGGAGAAACCAAAAGUGAUAUACAAACCUAAAAAGAUAAAUGAUAGGCAGGAAGUGAACAAACCUAGUUCCUCUAGAGGUCCGACUAUUGAAAUCAAGAAUGCUUUUAGUGGGCUGAAUGGGGUACAUGAAGAGGAAGAGACGGAUGUGGAGGAGGUUAGGCUUGCUUCGGAUGAGGGGAUGCCGACCCUGAUGAAAGAAGAUUCGGGAAAUAAAACAGGUGCAAGCACACCUGCUGAGAAGGUUACAAAUGGUUAG